AUGGGCAGCGACACAGGUGCAUUCUUCUUGGCCGCUCUCCUCCUCUCAUCCUUGGGGCCGACGCAAAUAAUAGAGCGAUCAGGCACCGCCGACGAGGCAAAAAGGUACAAGAAGACGGUAAGGCGACGCAAGGACGAGCAUGGCGUCAGCGGCAAGCACGGUGUCGUCACAUGUGAGGUCGAUGUCUGCUCCAAUAUUGGUGCCGACAUCCUCAAGCAAGGAGGCAGUGCAGCUGAUGCCAUCAUUGCGGCAUCGCUUUGCGUCGGUAGCAUCGACGCCUUCCACUCUGGGCAAGGCGGAGGUGGUCAUCUUCUCGUCCGCUCACCCAAUGGCACGGUCGAGCACAUCGACUUCCGCGAAACGCUCCCUGCGGCUGGCUAUCCCACGAUCUUCAAAGACCACGGCGCCAACUCCUCUGUCGUCGGAGGUCUAGCCGUCGGUGUUCCGGGUGAAGUGCGUGGCUUCGAAGCUCUGCACAAGGCGUACGGUAAGCUGCCCUGGUUCAAGCUGUACAAGCCCUCCGUGAAAUUGAACAAGGCGGGCUUCAAAGUGACCAACCAGCUUGCGACUGCUAUCAAGGAGCAGAAGGAGUACGUCUGCAAGGGCUACUUCAAGGAGUCGUACUGCCCUGGCGGUAAGAUCGCCAAGGAGGGACAGACGAUUCGUCGCGUUCGUUACGGCAAUGCCCUCGCCAAGAUUGGCAGCAAGGGUCCCUCUGCCUUCUAUCACGGUCCCAUCGCUCGCAACACCAUCCGUGCAAUCAACUCCACGGGCGGCGUGAUGACCUUGAAAGACCUUGCGGGCUAUCACGUCAUCCACCGUCAGCCAGUCAAUGCCUCACUCAACGGAUAUCAUCUGUACGCAACGGCUGCUCCUUCCUCUGGCCCUGUGGUGCUGAGUUCUUUGCAGACGCUCAAUCAGUACGAUGACCGAGAGGAGGCAGGCUACAAUCUGACGACGCAUCGCUUCAUCGAGGCAACCAAGUUCGCGUACGGCGAGCGGGCCAACUACGGUGACCCGGCAUUCGUCAAGAAUGUCUCACGCCUGCAGAGCGAGUAUCUGCAGGUCGACUACGCAAAGGAGAAGCGACACCGAAUCGAAGAUGAUGGUGUCCUUCCAAAGGAGGCGUAUGACCCCUCUCGCUUCGACAUCCUGACCGACGCCGGCACGUCACACCUCGUCGCUAUCGACAAGCACGGGCUCGCCGUCACCAUGACCACGACGGUCAACACGUUCUUCGGCAGCAAAGUCAUGACCAAGGACGGCAUUGUUUUGAACAACCAGAUGGACGAUUUCUCUACGCCUGGGGUGGUGAACAGCUACGGAUAUGUGCCCACUGUUGCCAACUACCCUGCGCCUGGGAAGCGACCUCUGUCCAGCAUCUCGCCUUUGAUUGCUGUCGACUCGCAUGGCAAGCUCGUCUUGGCCACGGGCUCCGCGGGCGGGUCGCGCAUCCCUACCGCAGUCAUGAUCGUGACGUACGGUGUGCUGCAAGACGGACUCGACAUUCAGUCCGCACUGAACCGUCCACGCUGGCACGACCAGCUAUCUCCUAACGCCACGUACCUGGAGUGGGCCGCUCCGGCUGAUGGUAUCACUGCGUCGCAGGCCGUGGGGUCGAAGGAAUGGCACGGAUUCAGCAACGCUACGGCAAGCUUCUUGAAGGGGCUGGGACACAAUAUCACCUUUACCGCCCCAGGGAGCUCGACGGCGCAAGGUGCGCAGUACUUUGCCAAGAAUGGCACCUUCCUGGGCGGUGCCGAGGUCAGGCAGCUCGCUGCCAGGCCGGCAGCCCCUUGA